AUCAUUUUUUGCCAAGACAUUAUUUUAAAUGGACUGUCAUUGGCUCAACGACUGGAAGUCUAUAGAAACAGCUACAAUGAUAUUGCUCUAAUGCUAGUAGCAAUGCACCCCCCCACUCCCCACUACCCUUGCCACCACUGCUGGGAAAUAAGUAACACUGAAAGUAUAUUUACAUAAAAUACACUAUGAAAGCGAGGUUAAACAUUAAAAUAGGACAUAACAAAAGUACAGGCUACAAUGUUAGUAGUGUUGAUUAUAAUCUGUGGUGGUUUUUCUCAGUGAAAGGAACAAGACUGACUCCCUAUUCUCGUGAGGGUCCCCUUCACCCAGACACACAGAGAGCACAGCAACCCAGGCAGAUGGACUACCCUCAGACAAGGAACUCUUAAGAGCACAGACCUGAUGGCUGAUGAGAGCAACAUGAGAUGCCUGGCAGAGCAGACCAGCGGCCUCAUCCAGGGGGAGUGACCUGGGUCCCACCUUGGGCCUAUGGAAGUCCUGCUCCUUGGAAAGCCUCCAGUCGGCCAUGUCGGAGGCCCGGCAGCUGAGCCAGGUGCCCUUCCACCGUCCCAGGCCUCACAUUGUGCGCCAGAGCUUCCGUGCUGCCAUCAACAAGUCCUACGACGGGCCCUCGGAGCCGGAGGGUGGUGACCUGUCAGAGCAGAGCUCCGGCCGAGACACGCCCGUCAGUGGCUCAUCCCGCCAGGACCAGAUCGAAUCAGGGGCAGAGAAGUAGAAGACCAAAGGGAAGAAGAAGAAAGAGAAGAAAAGCAAAGAAAAAGUAAAGAAAACUGCGAAUUCUGAGGACCAGGAGAAGGCCAAGAAGAAAGGAUUCGGCCUCUUAAGAUGGCCGUGAGAGGACCUGAUACCCGCCCGGGACCCUGCUAUGAGGUCGAGGAGCGACAGUACGCAGCCCACUCCAGGAGAGCGGAUCCGAAUGACUACCCCACCCAGUCUAGGACAGCACCCGGUUACCCCGGCCGAGGCAACUACUACCCCCCCUAAAGAGGCCCAGCCCCGCCCCUCCAGCCAGCCCCCUGGGCCACUACAGGUGGGCCCCAGGUACUACCCAUCCUCGCCCCACCGGGCUGACCAGCACCAGGAUGUGCCCCCCUCACCAGGCACCUGUGUCCCCCGCUACGAGACAGUGGGCAGGGACGGUUACCAUGACGCCAGCCCUGAGUGCUACAGCGGCAGCUACAGGGACGGCAGGCAGCCAGACCCAGGCCAGAAGAACAGCAUGAUCGGAGCGGUGAGUCCAGAAUGACUGGAGUUAGGCAUAAUGUACAGAUUGGAAAGAGACUUUUAAUUGAAUACCAGCCAAACUCUUGCAGGGUUGCUGGCUUGCACAAACUUUUUGCACAAGCUUAAAAACAGGCCCCUCCCCUUCUGGAACAGUGAGAGGCCAGGGAUGGUGAAGUUGGGGUUUUGACUCAAAAGGCACCCUAUUCCUGAGAUAACGGAAGACAACUGGACAAGAAGUUGACACUGGACAGGAAGUUGAUCCUAAGAAACAAGGUCAGAGGAACAGGAAGUAGGGAACAGGAAAUGAAGUCCACAUCAAAGCAUUUUUGCCCGCCUGCCGUGUCCCUUCCAUCCACAUUUUAGAUGUGGGUGUCUUUUGAAAGUGUUUUGUUUUGGUUGUGGCCUUUGCUAAAAAUGAAAAAAAAACUUCCAUUAACAGUUUUUUGCCUAUAACAAAUUUCUGCUGCCCAUAAUCUGCUUUUUUAAGUAAAGUAUAAUGUGUGUUGUGUUUGAUUUAAAUGGCUGUGUCAAAUUUAGGUUAUCAUAAAGACACUGUUUAACAAAUUAAAAUGUAUGCUCUGUGUUGACUAACUAUAUUUAUUCAUCACAUGGGCUGUGUCCCGAAUGGCACCCUACUAUUCCCUAUAUACUUUUGAGCAGGACCCUAAUGGGCUGUGUCCAUAGCCUUAUGAACCCUGGUCAGAAGUAGUGCACCACAUAGGGAACACGGUGCCAUUUGGGGCACAGCCACAGUCUCCCAGUGAUAAAGGCCUAAGAGAGACACUUAAACAAGUUACUCAUAUGCACCGGGAUUAUUAUCCUUUCUCGCCAUUGAUCUCAUUUCAAGGCAGUUAACCCACUGUUCCUAGGCUGUCAUUGAAAAUAAUAAUUUGUUCUUAACUGACAUGCCUAGUAAAAUAAAGGUUAAAUAAAUCAAAUAAAUGUCCCUUGUGUGAUGGUAAAGAAUCACAACGCUGACCAUAUCAUGUCAUAUUGUACGUUGAUGACGAUACAUUUGAACCUUUGUUUGUAAAUGCAUGUUUUUAUAUUAUGCCGUGCAUGAAAUAGACAUUGUAAAUGAUCAUAUACAAUAUGCCAAGAUGAAUUAAUUUAUUGUUCACCAAUUUAGCUGUCUCAGUUUACAGGAUGAUGAAAUUGCAAAGUUAUGCAAAUUGUCCUGAUUAUGAGUCACCAAUAUGAUGACUCAUCUCGCCCAAAUGAUUCAUUAAGAUUUUCAACCCAGUUUAGCUUUCCCAUUUGAGAUAAAUUAGCCCUCUACGAUAACAGAGAGGCCCAGGCUGCUUCCCAAAUGGCACCCUAUUCCCUACAUAGUGCCAUACUUUUGACCAGGGCCCAUUGGACCAGCUCAUAGAGCUCUAGUCGAAGUAUUGCACUAUUUAGGGAAUAGGGUGCAAUUCGGGACGUAGACCCAGUCUUACUGCUGAUAAAGACUGAAUCACCCUCAACAAUUAAGACUGAGGAGAUCUCUGUGCUGAAGUGAUUACCUGCCAAUUUGCUCCCACGGAAAAGUAAGAUCUGGCUGAUUGGUGGAAUUAGAGGUUGAAAUUAGGAUAAUUAGAAUCUGUUGAGAGCUCAUUUUAUCAGUUAGUGUUUAAUUACCGCCGAGGCCAGUCAGUGCGUUUCAGACUUCAUCCCAAAUGGCACCCUAUUUCCUACAUGGUGCAUUGCUUUUGACCAGGGCCAGUAGGGCAUAUUGGGGCCGAUUCUAACCUGAGUUUAAGCGAGCGUAAAUGGAACGUAAUUCCCUUUAAUGCACUCUCUAUGCGCAUUCUGACCUUGAACUUAAGCAUGAGAAUAGCAUGCUGUUCACACGCUAUUCAUUUUGGGUGGAGAUCUAAGAAAUAAAGGUGUGUUUGAGGUGUGUCUACAGAUGUAUUCUGACCUUGACGCACGAGGAAACCAUGAAUAAUAUAUGUAUUGUGGCCCAUUUUCCUCAGAGAAGUAGGCUAUAAAUAGCUAUGCAGUUAUUCAAAAAUUGUAUUGUGGCCCAUUUUCCUCAGAGAAGUAGGCUAUAAAUAGCUAUGCAGUUAUUCAAAAAUUGUAUUGUGUGCCCUCAUAAUGUGUGUAUGCAAUUUGGAUUACCAAACUAUAGGUUUAUGUAGGGCUGAAUCUGCCGAGUUGAUGUAUGCGCUUUAAAAUGUUUUAAUUAUAUAAGCUUUUCACCAUUUUAUUUUACAAUUUGUAUCACGUUAAAUAUUAGCCACUAUCAGGAGCCACCGUCAGUAAUACCCACAGACAUUUAUACACCAAAUAAAAAUA